AUGGGUUACACAUCUAUGGCUUUGAACAAUAUGCCCUCCCAGGUCUACUCGGACUUGCUGAGUUUCACUUUCGAUGGUCCAAAGCCAUACAACCAGAACCAACCGCUGUUUAUUGAUGCCGAGGAUCCGUCCCGGUCAUUUACAGCGGCCCAAUUCCGACAACUAGUCCGGACCUUGAUCGCUGGGUUGAAAGCCCACAAUGUCCAGCCAGGGGACUGUGUAUUAGUACACCUGGGAAACAGCAUACUGUAUCCCGCACUCUUCUUCGGUAUCAUUGGCGCCGGUGGUGUCUAUAUGGGAUCAAACCCCCGGAGCCACCCCCAAGAACUCGAUCAUAUCCUCAGUCUCGCUGAGCCCAAACUGAUCCUCACAACCCGCGAUGCCCUCCCCUCCAUCCUCGACGUCUCCGCGGCCCGUGGCAUCCAUCCAGCGCAGGUCUGCCUCGUCGAUGACCGAGCCAUCGACCACUGCGCACAACUAUUCCUGUGGUCCGAACUAGGAUAUUCACCAGCAGGACAGUUCUGCGCCAUGAGUGGCGACGCGCGUCACAACAGCUUCGCGAAUUUACUCUGCUUCGGCGAAAGCGACUGGUUGAAAUUCGCCGACCCUAUCGUCGCACAAGCCACGCCUGCAGCCAUGUACCCGACCAGCGGGACAGGCGGACUGCCCAAAGCAGCCAUCUUGUCCCACUAUGCGCUUGUCUCACAGCACCGCUCCAUUUACUAUGAAGUGCCACACCCAGUUAGCCGGCUGAUCUCGCUGCCCAUGUUCCAUUUGUUUGGCGCACUCUGGACACAUAUCUUCCCUGUCCGCUACGGACACCCCCUAUUUGUCCUGCCACGCUUCGAGAUCAAUGAAUUCCUGGCUGCUGUCCACAAGUACCAGAUCUCUGAGACUUACCUUGUCCCGGCUAUCAUUCACUCUAUCAACCAGUCGCCCGUACCCAUCGGCGACCAACUGUCGUCGCUGCGCUAUGUUGGUGUUGCUGGCGCUCCUAUUGACGGCCAUUCCAUGCUACAGUUCCGCCGCCAUAUCAACCCUAUGGGAUAUGCUUGCCAGAUCUGGGGAAUGACCGAGGUCGGUGUGAUAUUCCAGACCCGCUGGGGCCAGCAGGGUGACCCUGGAAGUAUCGGCACUCGUAUUGCCGGAUAUGAAGCCCGCUUGUUGGACCAGGAUGGCAAAAUCGUGCAAGGCGAUUGCUGCUCGGGUGAAUUGUACGUGCGCGGACCAGGCCUGCUCACUGGAUACAAAGGUCGCACAGACGCACUGGAGCCACAUGGAUGGUUCCGAACGGGAGAUGUAGCGUACGUCAAGCAGGGCCAAUAUUACAUUGUUGGCCGGACGAAGGAGCUUAUCAAAGUACGAGGAUGGCAAGUAGCCCCUGCUGAAGUCGAAAGCAUCCUCCUGCAACACCCAGGAAUUCUUGAUGCCGCUGUGAUAGGCGUGAACAAGGAUGGUGUGGGCGAGGUACCCCGCGCCUUUAUCGUGCGGUCUCGUGACCCAUCUGUGCGCCGCAUAACCGCCGAACAAGUUUACAACUUUGCACGCCGGCAACUGGCUAAAUACAAAGCCCUCGAUGGAGGUGUUGUAUUCGUGGAAGAGAUCCCCCGCACUGCAAGUGGAAAGAUCCAGCGCUUCAGGCUGUCCCAGAUGAACACCUACCGUGAGAUGGUGGCGUCCCUGCUAUCCCGAUUCGAUGGUGACCGCUCCGCUGCAGUCACUGCGGCUCGACGUGGACUACCCGCUCCAGAGAUGUCACCUGUUAGUCUCAUUCCUGAGGGGCGGGUUGCGGUUUGA